AUGCCUCGUCUCUUGGCAACGCAAUCUCACGUAGUGCAUGGUUAUGUGGGAAAUAAAGCUGCCACGUUUCCCUUACAAUGUCUAGGCUGGGAUGUAGAUUGUUGUAAUAGUGUCCAGUUUUCCAACCAUACCGGGUAUGGUUUAGAUAAAGUCUUUGGAACUAUCACAAAUGAAACAGAUUUAAAAGAACUCUUAUCAGGUCUAUUCGAUAAUUUUCCGCAAGACUACCAAGCUUUACUUUCAGGUUACUUGCCCAAUAAGAACUCGGUUCGAUGUAUGGGGAGAUUCUGUGCCAAAUUCAAAGAAAAGAAUCCUGAAAUAAUAUGGCUUAUGGAUCCUGUUAUGGGAGACGAAGGACAAUUAUACGUUAGCGAAGAUGUUAUACCAGAAUAUAGAAAGCUUGCUCUGUCUCCAAAACAACUGGUUGAUAUAAUAACCCCAAACCAAUUUGAGUUGGAGAUACUGUAUGGAGAAGAAAUCAAGACUAAAGACCAUCUAAAGAAGGCGUUGGAAAUCUUACAUAACACUAUUCCAGUAAUUAUCGUUACAUCCUGUGACAGUAAGAUGUUUGAUGAUCAGGAUUAUAUAUAUUGCGUUGCUUCAAUGAAGAACAAAACACCGAUUGUUUAUAGAGUGCCCUUCAUUGAUUCUUACUUCACUGGAGUUGGUGACUUGUUUUCGGCUUUGUUAUUGGAUCGAGUGUAUAAAAUCUUAUCAAACCCAAUAACGACAUUGAAGUUUGAAGACCAGGUUAAUAAUGUGUUGAACGUUAUUCAAAAAGUUUUAAAUUUGACUAGAAGCUAUACAUCAGGAAAAAUCAAUGCCAAAAUGGGUUCUGCUUUAGAGAUGAAAGAAAUGGAAUUGCGAAUUGUCGAGUCGAGAGAUAUAUACGAGACGAUCAACGUUAAUGAAAACGAUUAUAUCUACACCAGACUGUAA